GGCUCCUGGGCCCCUCGAGGCGCACGGCGGCCGCAGUGCCCUGGGUGUCAGAAAUUCACUCUCAAUAUUUUAGAAAGAUGCAAUAAGCAAGAAGAAGGAAAUCCAAAUCCAUGGCCCUGGAGAAUCUAAACAACUUGCUUAGGGAUACACACCCGCUCAGCAGCCACACUGAGGAUCAAGCGAGUUACUUCUCAGUCGAUUCACAUCGCCAAACCAGACUCUGGAUUUCUUGCAAGAUGAAAGGAGACAACCAUGAAUGAGCCAUUAGACAAUUUUGCAAAUGUGUCUGAUUUCCCCGAUCAUGGUGCUGCUUUCGGAAAUUGCACUGAUGAGAAAAUCCCCCUCAAGAGGCACUACCUGUCUGCUAUUUACAGCCUCGUCUUCCUGGUGGGCUUCCCAGGGAACUCGGUGGCCAUUUACACGUACAUUUUCAAAAUGCGGCCCUGGAAGAGCAGCACCGUCAUCAUGCUGAACCUCGCCAGCACAGAUCUGCUCUAUCUCUCCAGCUUCCCUUUCCUCAUUCACUACUACGCCAGCGGCGAAGACUGGAUCUUCGGCCCGUUCAUGUGCAAGUUUGUCCGCUUCGGUUUCUAUUUCAACCUGUACAGCAGCAUCCUCUUCCUGACCUGCUUCAGUGUCUUCCGUUACUUUGUGAUCAGUCACCCAAUGAGCUGUUUUUGCGUGCACAAACCUCGAUGGGCCGUGGUGGCCUGUGCUGCGGUGUGGGUUAUUUCCCUGGUGGCGGUCAUUCCCAUGAUCUUCCUGAUCACAUCAACCAGCAGGAGCAAUAGCUCUGCCUGCCUGGACCUCACCAGUUCGGAUGACCUCACUACUAUCAAAUGGUACAACCUCAUUUUGACCACAACUACUUUCUGCCUUCCCCUGGUGAUCGUGACUCUUUGCUAUACAAUGAUUAUCUGUGCCCUGACUCGUGGCCCUCACACUCACAGUGGCCUUAAGCAGAAAGCCCGGAGGCUGACCAUUCUGCUACUUGUUGUGUUUUAUGUAUGUUUCUUACCCUUCCACAUCUUGAGGGUCCUCCGGAUUGAAUCUCGCCUGCUUUCUAUCAGCUGCUCCGUUGAGAAUCAGAUCCACGAAGCUUACAUCUUUUCAAAGCCGCUGGCCGCCCUGAACACCUGUGGCAACCUGUUCCUGUACGUGGUGGUCAGUGACAGCUUUCAGCAAGCCAUCUGCUCCAUGGUGAGAUGCAAAGCGAGUAGGGACCAAGAACAGGCGAAGAAAAUCGGUGACUUAAACAACCCUUGACCACAGAGAAAGGCCUGCCGAUACUUUCCCCUAAUUUCUAAGAAGUGCAGACUAUCUCCCUCAAUGGAACUCUCAGGAAAUAGUGUGUUUUCAGGUAACUGUGUGUCAAAGCCUGGGCAGAACUGCCAAGAGUCCUUUGCAUCCCAUUUACCGAGAUCCUCUCUUGGGUAGAUACACGAGUAGGAUACAUGCAUAUCAGACAAGGAUUAAAAUGUAAAAUGGGAACUGUUGGCACUCCGGGCCGUGUCGGGGAACACCCCCCACGGUAUCUCAGUGAGUGAGCACCAAGGCAGGAGAAAGCCACUUUUUCACUCCUGGUUUCAUACUCCUUCCUGCUGAGGCAUAUUUGUAUUGAAUUCCCUGGCUACUCCAGGCAUUAUUUGUAUCUUUUUCAAUAUUCUUUCUUAUUUUUACAUUUUGUAUUUUUAAACCUCUUUUGCCAACUUCAAUCUGAGGUUAUUAAACUAUAUUUUUUGGUAGGCUUCAGCUAAUUUGGUAGAUUAAAGCAAGUCAGUACCACACACUUGGGAUAAUUCGAAGAUGUCAAUGCAAAAAGCUAAAACGAAUACCUGGAAGACAUUUGGGGUAUUAUAUCUUUAGUGUUAUAGAUCAUUCUCCAAGUUGUAACUCAAUUUAUAAAAAUUAUCAAGUGGUAUUUGUUACUAUCAACAUGACCUGGGGAAGAAGGGGGCACUUUUGGGCAAUAGAGGUACUUUUAAAUAUGUGUAUAUUGGGUAUUCAAUAAAGUCUAACAUGUAUUUGAUUUCUCUCUGUCAGAAAAUAUUCCAGGAAACACUGCUUCUCUUUACAUACCUUUCUUUUGUGUGACUAUCAUGAAAAUAUGACUUGGAUUACAAUAGCAAAAGCUAUUUUUGAAUUGUGUGUGUGCUUAAUUAUCGCUAAGUAUAAAUAUCUGAGAAAAUGCCUAAUCUGAACAUUUAAAACCCUAGCAAAU